GGACUCUGGAGCAUCGCGUCGCCGGUGUGUGAGAUCAGAAGCUGAGGACCACAAUCAGAGCUCCAGCUCGCGCAAUCCUCUGAUUUUCACCCUAUAAAAACACUCUAUAAAUCGGCGAACUCUCAGCGAUUGGGCCUUCAAUAGCUCCGUUUGGCGGUUAAACAGCGGCUGAGUGUGAUUCUGGACCGUUACUGCUGCUCGGAUGGAAGGUGUCGCGGAUACACCGUGAAGCAGGUGCAUUUGAAGAAGAGGAUGAUGAUGAGGAAGAUGAUGAUGAAGUUAAGUCACGCUGGAGGACCACUGAGCCGCUGCUGACCGAUGCAUUCUGCUGCUUUCAGCGGACACUUCAGAGCUUCAGUUCAGGACUGCUGAAGGCCUGCACCAUGCUGGCGUGUCUGCAGAGCCAGCAGCAGCAUCAGUUCUCCUGUGCCGCCAGGAUCCGGGAAACUCCGCCGCACACCAAUGAUCUGACCCCUGUGUGCGCGCCUCGAUACCCGUCUGCGGCUGAUCUGGACGCCUACAUGCAGAGGACGUCCCACAACCCGCUGACCAUCCGGAUCUUCCCCUCCAGCAUCAGAGUCCCUCAGCAUAAGCAGAUCAGCAGAACCGUCAACGGCCUGGACACCAGAUUCAGCCCCUACCCGCAUCAACACCCCAGCGCCUACCAGGGCCUGCUGACCAUCGCCAAAACACAUGCGCAGAUUAAAGGAGUAUUAAAAAAUCACCAUGGCAAACGAACCAAACUGUCUCCAAUACAACAGGCGGCCGCUCCGUAUGCACCGCUCCAGCAGAUGCCGUGUGUGGCCCAGCACACCUCCCGGCCAUCCAACCCUUCCAUACUAGCGUCCUGCGCUGAUUCGGGAGUAUCGCUCACUCAGAGCGGACACUCCGGAGCUGUUUUGCCCACACAGAGCGCAGAUGUUGCGGGUUUGGAUUAUUGUGUGCAGGGGUACGGCUCCGCAAGCAGACCCAGCAUCAGAAUCUCAGAGGUCUGCUACAGAUCUGAAAGCAAACUCUCAUCAUCUCCUGCAGUGCGUGAGUUUUCGGCAGGACAGUUUUUGGCUCCUGCUUGGUCCGGUGUUCUGGUGACUCCGGAUAGUGAGUGUUUUAAGGCUCCAGCGCUGCCCGCCGGUGGCUCCACAGGUCUGGGGAAGCAUCCGGCCGUGUACCCCGGCUUUCCUCACGGCCUCAGCAGCAGUCUGCGCUCUCUGGAGAGCCUGAUCAGCGGGAUCCAUCCGGCCUGCAUCAAGGAGCGCAUGCUGGGCCGAGGGUUCGAGAGCGUCCCGCCGCUGCUGGAGCCGCCACACACACACAUGCAGCUGCACAGAUAGAACAGGAGGAGGACAGCUUUACCCAGAAUCCUGACGGACAUGACGAGUCAUGAGUUAUCCCGGUGCUGUUGGGGACUUUUUCAUUCACUCUUUGAGGCUUAAUUUGGCCACAGCUUUCUCUGUGUUUCAGCAAAUGGAUUGAUUUUGGCUGACAAAUCUUAUUUUGACAUAUAUUUUGAGAAAAUGCUUUGGAGUUUUGUAAAAACUCAACAAUACACUCAGAUCCACUCCCCGUUGGUUAUGUUGGUGCUGUUUUUGCUCCAUUGACUGUUGGAAUUAAGACAAUUACUAAUUUUUACCAUUUACUGUACUAGUUUCUGGCUUUUAUAUGGUGUGUGUGUGUGUGUGUGUGUGUGUGUGUGUGUGUGUGUGUGUGUGUGUGUGUGUGUGUGAAACUCUUCAGCACAGGCUGAUCUAAAGGGUUAAUGCUGACAUCUGAUGAUCAACACUGACACAUUGUACCUCUUCUCUUCAGUAUUAGCAUUACUAGACACGCCCCUUUUGUUUAUCAUCAUUACUAGACACGCCCCUUUUAAUAUUGUUAUUAUCAUUAUUAGACACACCCCUUUCAUAUAUCUAUUAUUAUUACUAGACACGCGCCUUUUGUUUAUCAUCAUUACUAGACACGCCCCUUUUAAUAUUGUUAAUAUCAUUACUAGACACACCCCUUUUUAUAUAUCUAUUAUAAUUACUAGACACCCCCCUUAUAAGAUCGCUGUUAUCAUUACUGGACACGCCCCUUUUUAGAUUGAUAUUAUUACUAGACACACCCCUUUUUUAUAUUGUUAUUACCAUUACUAGACACGUCCCCUUUUUAUAUUCUUAUAAUUACUUGAUCAGCCCCUUUUUGUUCCCUUUAUCAUUACAAGACACGCCCCUUUUAUAUCGAUAUUAUCAUUACUAGACGUGCCUCUUUUUACAUUUCUAUUACCAUUUCUAGACACGCCUCUUUUUGUUUUUUUCAUUAUCAGUACUACACACGCCCCUUUUUACAUCACUAUUGUUAUAAUUACUACACACGCCCCUUUUUAUAUUUUCAUUAUCAUUACUAGACACACUCCUUUUUUAUAUUGAUAGUAUCAUUACUAGACACGCCCCUUUUUAUUUUUCAAUCAUCAAUAUUAGAUACGCCUCUUUUCAUAUCGCUAUUAUUAUUACUAGAUACACCACUUUUUAUAUUUCCAUUAUCAUUACGAGACACGCCCGUUUUUAGAUCGCUAUUAACAUUACUAGACACGCCCCUUUUUAUAUUUCCAUUAUCAUUACUAGACACACCCCUUUUUAUAUUUCCAUUAUCAUUACUAGACACGCCCCUUUUUAGAUCGCUAUUAACAUUACCAGACACGCCCCUUUCAUAUUUACAUUGUCAUUACUAGACACACCCCCUUUUAUAUUGCUAUUAUCAUUACUAGACAAGCCCCUUUUUAACUAGACACGCCUGUUUUUAUAUCUCCAACAUAAUUUCUAGACACGCUGUUUUUUGAUAUCUCCAUCUUGACACGCCCCUUGCUGCUGAUUGGCUGCAAGUGUGUUUUGGGAUUCUGUGGUUGUUCAAAUAUUGUUCAGUACGCCUUCAACACAGGAUCCAUCAGCAUCUUAAAUAUGUUAUUCCUUCACUUUUUAUUUAUUGAUUCAUUCGUGUGUGUGUGUGUGUGUGUGUGUGUGUGUGUGUGUGUGUGUGUGUGAAAUGACAUAUUCUGGGCUCCACAUUUAAAAGUGCAAUUAUAAUAUGGUCAAACGAGCCUUGCUGUGAUUAUUCUGUAAUUAUUUACUGUGUGUAUGAGUGUGUGCGUGUGCUUGUGUGCGUGUGUGUGUGAGUGUCUUAAAUCUGAAGAUUGUCCAAAUAAAUAUAAUUUAGGAAUGUUUUCUACUCCUGCCAGUCUCUUUGUCAUUAUUUUAACUCCAUGACGUCUGCACACAUCCAUAAGAAGUCAUGAGUGUGCAGCAGGGGAAAUAAGUAUUGAACA